AUGGACCGACUUUCGCGAAUGCUGGCAGCCGCUCAGGGCAUGGGAGGCGGUGCUGGUGGUAUGCAACAAGACGGCAAUGUCGUCGACAACUCCGAAACCGUCUACAUCUCAUCUCUCGCCCUCCUCAAGAUGCUGCGUCACGGAAGAGCCGGUGUGCCUAUGGAAGUCAUGGGUCUGAUGCUCGGUGAAUUCGUCGAUGACUACACUGUCCGCGUCGUCGAUGUCUUUGCCAUGCCUCAGAGCGGUACUGGUGUCUCGGUCGAGGCUGUUGACCCCGUCUUCCAAACAAAGAUGAUGGACAUGCUGCGUCAAACUGGUCGUCCCGAAACUGUUGUCGGCUGGUACCACUCACAUCCUGGUUUCGGCUGUUGGUUGUCAAGCGUCGAUAUCAACACUCAGCAAUCCUUCGAACAACUCACUCCUCGCGCCGUCGCCGUCGUCAUCGAUCCCAUCCAGUCCGUCAAGGGUAAGGUCGUCAUCGACGCCUUCCGCCUCAUCAACCCUCAAACUCUCAUGCUUGGUCAAGAGCCUCGCCAAACCACUUCCAACGUCGGCCACCUCAACAAGCCUUCUAUCCAAGCUUUGAUUCACGGUCUCAACCGUCACUACUACAGUAUCGCUGUCGGCUAUCUCAAGGGUCGCGGUGGUGGCUCAGGAAACGGUGCUUCAUCAGCCGUCGCUGGUGCUUCGAAUGGUCAGAUGGGUGGAGAAGAGGCUAUGCUCAUGAAUCUACACAAGAGUGUCUGGACAGAAGCUCUGGAGAUGCCCGACUUCAAGGCUGAGGGUGAUCGAACAUUGGAGAAGCUCAACAAACUCGUCAGCUUGGCUGAAGGUUACGAGAAGCGUGUCAAGGAAGAGACCGAACUAACCAAGGAUCAACUACGCACAAGAUACGUCGGCAAGGUCGACCCCAAGAAGCGUAUGUCCUCUGUCUUCGUCAAUCUAGCUCAUAAACUAACUGAUCAUAGACNNAUCGAAACUCUCGGUCAAGAUCUUCUCGAGGACAACAUUGUUUCCGUAUCGCGCCAGAUGAUUGACAAGGAAGCUUCCGUACCAUCAGCCUGCCGCAUAGAGGCUGUCGAUGACGACGCCGAUGGCAUGGCUGUCGACCAGACCGCAUAG